AUGAAAACGAAAAAAAAAAAAAAAUGUCCGAUUAAUUAUCAUGAGGAAAUAUAUACGUAUAAAAACGACGAAAAAUAUGAUGAAGAUGUUUUGGAUAUAGAUAACAACUUGUUAAAAAUUAAGAACAAUUCUUUUAACAUUCUGAAAGAAAUAAAUAUAUACUAUGGGGAAAAAGAAAAGAAAAAUAGUAUUAAAAGAUUAAGAGAAAAUAGAAUAUGGAUAGAAAAGAAGAGUAAUACAAUAACCACAAACAUAAAAAAUGAAAUAAAAUAUAUGGACAUAUUAAUAUGUGGUGAUAAAAAUAGUGGAAAAACUACUUUUUUAAAUUGCAUAAGUUGUGUAGACAAGCUUAAUUAUAAUUAUAAAAUCGAUGAUAAGGAUACCUCCACAAGUAGGUACAGAAACAGUGAUAGUACAAAAAGGAAUGCCAUCGAUAGUUUCGAUUCAUUACUCAAAAAUAAACCAGAAAUUAGGGAAAAUAAGGAGGAGAAAAAAAUAAUAUGGAAUUAUAAUAAACUAGAAUUACUAUCGUAUAUACCAAUUUUAUUUUCAAAACUGACAAAUAGAAAUUAUGAUGAACUGAAAACAAAAUUUAAGAAAAUAUUUUUAGACACUGAUAUAUGUGAAGCAUCAAUUUUCGUAACAAAGGAUGAUUUAGAUUUUAUUAAUUAUGAAUUCAAUAUAGGUAGCAAAAUUUCCACGGAUGAUUUUAGUUAUCUUAAGAUAAAUUUCUGUGAGUAUGGUGAAGAUCUUUUUCGAAAAAUAAGGGGGUAUUAUGAACUACUUCGUUAUUGUGAUAAACAGCAUAAAAGAGAGAAGGUGGUAGAGGGUGAAAAAAGGAGAAAACACUUAAACGGAAGUAUAAAAAACAUUAGCUUAAUGUGUAAUGAAGAAAAAAAUAUUGUAGAAACCUCGUUCCAAAGUAGAACAAUAAGCAUUAUUGAAGACGCGUUACUAAGAAUAAAAGAAACCAAAUUUAUUAACUAUUUUGUAAAUUUAAAAAGAUCUUUUUUUUUGAUUAAAUCAAGUUUACAUAUAUAUAAUAUUUUAAUGGAAAAGACAUUUAAGAAGAGGUGCAAAAGAGACAUAAUGAAAAAAGGUAAAUUAAGAGUACAUAUAAAUGCAUAUGUGAAUAAACUAUUACGUAACAAUAGUAACGUAUGGAAUUACAAAAUUACAUUGCAGAAGUAUAAUUUAUGUAACAAUUUUUUUAAGAAAAAGAAAAACAUUUUUAUUACUAUAAAUGAAGAACAUUUAUUGAACACAUUUGAAUAUCUCAACAUUAUAAAAGACCUCAACAAUUAUGAUAAAAAGGAGGUCCUAUUUGUAGCUAGCCGCUCAUAUGAUUUUGAAAAACUAAGCAAAAGGUAUCAUAUAUUUUUUAAUUUAAAUUACAACUUGAGAAUUUUUAAUAAACUACUAUUGUUAAAUCAAGGGGGUAAUAAUACGGAUAAGGAAAAAAGUAAAUGUAUUAUACGUUUGGAGGCAAUUUAUUAUUUAAUGAAAAAGUGUGUGAAUAAAUAUUGGAAGGUUCACAAAAAAAGCAGGAACAAAAUAUACAAUAGACAUAAGGACAUCAUUUUUAAAUAUUAUUCUAAAAGGAGAUUGAACAAUGAAUGUAAGAAUUACACCGCAGGGCGUUGGAAUAAUGAAGAGAACUAUAGCUGCUGUAAAUAUAAAGGAAACAAAAAAGGAGUUAUAAAUCGAGGUUGUCAAAAUACACAUAAAGAAUGCCGCAAUGAUCAUUCCUAUAAUGGGGUUAACACAACGAAGUGCAAUGUUAAAGGUAACUUUUCUUUUUUAUUAGAAGAAAGAUCAGAGGUCGCUAAUUUUUUCAAAGCAUUUUAUGAUGAAUAUAUAUAUAAAAACAAAAAUCGAUUAUAUGCAAAAAAUUUAGUAAGAGAAAAUUUUGAUAUUUGUUUCUUAUUUAUAAAAUUUUGUUUUUAUUAUCACCAGCACCUUCAAGUAAAUAACAAAAAUAAGACAGUUAACAAAUUAAAUAUUUAUAAAUUUAUUUAUUUAAAACAAAUUGAAAUAGUUAAAAAAAGUCCAUAUGUUCUUUAUCACAACAUAUGUGUACCUUCUUGUGUCUAUGCUUUUAUAAAUUUAUUGAAAAUGAAUUAUCAGAGUUAUCCCUUUCAACCAUUAAAGGAAUACAAAAUUUUUUCCUUAUUACGGUUCAUUUUUUACGGCGUCAUUUAUUAUAAAUUAAAAAAAAAGAGUUGCGAUUUUUAUGAUACAAGUAAUGCGAGAGUAAAUCAUAUAUGCUACUUCUCUAGAAGUGUUAUAGUGAACUCUCUUGUGGAUUUGUUUGAAAGGAGGAGAUGUGAAAAGAAGAGAAUCUACAAAGUAAUGAACGCAAGAGAAAUUAACAUGGGAGAAAUUAAUGUGCGCGAAAUGAACAAGAGAGAAGUAAAGGAUACAAUUGAUGGAGUCCGCAAUGUUCGGAAGGGGAAAAACAAAUCAUCGUCAUUGAUAUUUCCAUUCAGAGAAAAAUAUAGAAAAAAUAGAAAAAUACUAAGAGAUAUAAUUAAUAGCGUAGAUACAAUUAUACAUCCAUUUAUUAUAAUAAAUAAUAUAAAAGAAAAUUGGUUAUAUUUUAAAAAUUACAUGAUAAGGUCAAAUAUGUGUUCCUAUUUUAAUGGCUCAACAUAUAGAUAUCCUAACACAUCAUUUGAAAUUGUACUAAAUUUUGAUCUACAUGAAAUAGCUGAAGAACCCUUUUUGCAGUUAUGGGGAAAAAACCAACUUGAAAAAAAGUACACAAUUUACUUUAAACCAAUAUGUUCUACUCUCUUUGAAAAUAAAAUAGGAAAAAAAAAAUUUUUGCACUUUCCUUUUACUCAUAGAUUACUUAAAUAUUUUAAUGACAACAUCCCACUUAAAAAAGAAGGAGAGGGCGAUUAUCGUUACUUAUUAUAUACAUUGUGUAACGCGUUUUUAAAACUACUUAAAAGCUUUUUAAUAUGUUAUUAUAAAAAUGAAAAAAUAAAUUGUAAAGUAAAUGUAAUUAAUAUUUUCAUACUAUUAAAUUAUGCAUCGGACAUAUAUUACUUAAUGGCCUAUGGGGAAAAGAAUAUUUUUGUGUCAAAGGAAAAAGAUUUCAUUCUUACUAAUAAUUUAUUACAUUGUAAGAAUACAGAAAGAAAAAAAAAAAAAAAAAAAAUAUUAGAACGGAAGAAACGAAAAAUUAUUUUUCAUAUAUGUCAAAAGAAUGCAUUAUUUAAUUCUACCUUCUUCCUAUGGGAGGAAAUACAAAAUAAAAAACAAAAUUCUCGAAUAAAUAAUUACCUCUUGUAUUUAAAAAAACGUCUAUUUUUUUCGAUUGGAUGCAAAAACGGUAAUAAUAAUGGCAAAACAUCUUUCUAG